AUGGAGGCACUCGCCGGGUUUUGCCCUCUGCGAUGCAUUCUUAUGGAUCUUUUGUCUGUUCUGCCUGAUUUCGCGGUGAAAUCCUAUGCGCAUAUUCUCCCACCCCUGGAGCGAAGCAGGAUCACCACCGUCGAUCUCAUCACUCUCGAGACGCUUGAAAUCGCCAAACGCGCUCAUGUGCCUCCGGCGGAUGUGCGGCGGCUCUCCGCCCAGAUCGUCGAAGCCCUGCACACUGAUCUUGGAUUCGAGAAGGUACAAUCUGACAUAGAGACAUCGUCAAGUGCUGAGCCUAGCUCGAGCUUCCUUUCGGAACCCGCCCUGUUGGCACCCGGGCCCUCCAACAAGCUCGAUGGGUCGCGAUGGAAGACCAUCAGCACGCUCGAUCCGGGGCUGGAUGCAGUCCUCGGAGGGGGCAUUCCCAUGGGAUAUGUGACGGAGAUUACCGGUGAAAGUGGUAGCGGCAAGACUCAAUUCUUGUUGAGUCUCCUCCUUGCGACCCAGUUGGUCGAACGCAACGGUCUCCCCUCGCAUGCCGUGUACAUCUCAACAGAACAUCCGCUGGUCACGAACCGUCUGUCACAGAUGCUGGAAUCUCAUCCGACGCUGUCAACCCUACCUGCAGACCAGAUGCCCUCACUCGAGAACAUCUUGGCGAUCAACGCCAUGGACCUGGAGGCUCAGGACCACAUCCUUCAGUACCAGCUUCCAGUGGCGAUCGCGAAUUACAACGUUGGUCUGGUGAUAAUAGAUUCUGUCACCUCAAACUACCGUGCUGAACUCUCAUCGAAUAACAUCCUGGCGAUAUCUACACGGUCGAGCGAGCUUGCACGGCUGGGGCAGAUGCUACGCAAUCUGGCUGCCCGAGAAAACAUUGCUAUCGUGGUAGCAAAUCAGGUUUCCGAUCGAUUCGAGCCUGCAGAUGGAAUUGGUGCCGAUCCAGCACAGCGACCAGGCUUGUUGUCGACCCUAAGCCAAAGCGCAGUGGCGCGCGAAGCUUGGGCGCCAUCCCCCGUCAAGAGAACACGGUCCGACAAUAUCGAGCAAUUGUCGCAAAGUAGCCAGGGCCCGCCGUCUUCAAGUCAAGCCAUCUCAUCAUCCCCGUACCACGCUCCGGAUGACGAGAAGUUCGAUGGCUCUUAUAUCAUCGAAAACCCGGCGCGCAAUAGCAUCUUGAGUCUGGUGCACCAAGAGCGCUUCUUUACUGGAUGGGGCGAUGGUGUCGCAUAUGAGACGAACCCCAAGACUCCCGCCUUGGGAUAUUUUUGGUCGACACAGAUUGCUUGCCGUAUCGCGCUCAAGAAAGAAGAGAGACGCUCGGCAUUUGCAUUCGGGUCGCAUCAUGGCUCUUCCAAUCUGCCCUCUACGCCUGUAGAGAAAGACGUCAUUCAGGGCUCUACUGGAAGAGAAAGCUUCACCGGCAUGACAUCAAAUUCAAUCACAUCUGCAUCCGCAGCACAUGCUGAUCGAGCCCAGUCUGCAACCUCUUCUCGAAGAGUGGCCGAUCCCGAUCGGCCCUCGCAGCCGUUCCCGUCUGCGUCCUCCCAACAAGCGCUGAUGCCGCCGCCAGCGAUAGAAUAUAGCACCCGAAGGACGAUGAAACUCGUCUUUGCGCCUUGGACGUCAGGUACGGUACCGGUCAAUUUGGAUCGUGAUUCUGAUCAGGCACACAAAGAAGACAGCGAAAGAAGCGAGGUAGAAUUCGAAUUGUGGAGGGGUGGCCUGCGAAGUGUACGCCCUGAAAGAUGA